AUGAUGGAUCGAAAAUCAUCAGUUAAUCCGUUGGCACAAUCACGUAAACCAUCCGAAAUCUCUAGUACUGAAGAAUUAUCACAGGGUCAAAAGCCACUACCUAAAGUCAUUGGUAGAUUAUCCGUAUUCAAGGAUACAGCAUUGUCAUCGGAAAAAAGGAGAUAUUCAGUACAGAAUGCAUCCGGAUCUGGAGCCCUUCCUCCAAGAAACAGUCCACGUGCAACACCAUAUUUGAAUACGCCAGUUACAUCAGCUGGACCAAUACCUGUAUCAUCGACAAUUCCAAGAGCAUCGAUCGCAUGUAUCCCACUGAGUGUUCAGGCUCAAAUUCAACAAAACCAAGCAAUUAAAUCUGAACAACCUUCUAUUGCAAAACCUACACCAUCACCUUUGACAAAAACUUUUGUUACACCUCAAGUAACACCCAGAGCAUCUAUAAGCAAAGUUUCUGAAUCAGAUAUAGAACAUACUAGAAAACUUAAUCGUCUACCAAAAUCUUUCCAAUGUGAUUGUUGUCAACAUGUUACUGUGACCAGAAUAACAUAUCAUGUUGGUGUUUUAACAUGGCUUAUGGCAGUGUUAAUUUUUUUAUGUGGUGGCGUUCUAGGCUGUUUUCUGAUACCAUUCUUUACAAAUUGUUGUAAAGAUGUUAAACAUGAAUGUCCAUUCUGUGGUACAGAAAUUGGUAUGGUUAAAUGUAUCUAA